AUGUAUAAAAACAAGUAAUAGUAAUACUCCCAUCCCACACAACUCAUUCCUUCAGUUUGUACUUUAAAUACUCAAGAAGAAGAUUCGUAGGACUAUUAACUAAUACAAAGAAAACUUUAAUGUUACAAAGAUAAUUUGAAAAUAAUUCAAAAAAAUAACGAAGAUGAUCGCAAGUAUCUGUCAACCUCCUCAGAUGUCUUAUAAUUGACUGAAUCACAAGAAGAUGACUGUGAAUCUUUGCGAUAACAGAUCAACUUGCUUCAAGAUGAAUUGAGUAAAACAAAAUAAAAUAUGAUGCAAAUAAUUGAAGAUCUCACUCAACAAAAAGAUUUGCUCAUCUAUAAGAUUCAAGAAUUAGAAUCUACUAUCGAUAGUUUAUAAUAACAAAAGCAAUUUCGAAAUAAAUCAAUGCACUCUACAUUAUUGGACAUUACCUACGAAUAGGAUUAAACUUAAGAUUAUAGUAGAAAAAGGACUAGAUCCAAAUAUGAUGAUUAGAACUGUUGGAAAAGAAUUUUUGAAGAGUUAGCUGAAAUUUUAAAAACAGAAAAUGUGAUACAAGAAGUUCAUAGAUUAUAAUAAAAGUGCAUUAAAUAAGACAAAUUUAUUGGAUGUGUUUAAGACUUAGUAGUUAAAUUAACUCCAAAGGAUAUUUUUCAGCAUUCCAAACCUUAAUUAAGAGAUUGCUGGCAUUGGAUAAAAGGAAUAUGCACAGAAUACAUGAAUCUAAAAAAGAUGUAGGCUAAUGUCAUAGUUGAAACAUGUUCGUAGAUUCUCAAUGUCCAACCUUAAGACAUAGUUAGUUAAAUCCAAUUUCUUAUCAAAAGAAUAAUUGCAUAAAAACAUUGA